GCAAUCGACUCCCCUGCUUCCUCAACAUCUUGAGCUCCUGAGGUUUGCGCGGAAUAACUCUAAGGACCAAAUGGCGAGCGGCCAUGGCAGCAAAAGAUCUCUUGAAAUAGAAGAGCCAUCAUCGCUCCUGGCAAAACGACCGCGAUGGAGUUCAUCUAGCCUCGACGAUGGUUUCCGGCACGAAGAUUAUACUGUCGGCUGGAUCUGCGCUCUUCCCAUAGAGCUUGCGGCCGCCAAAUCUAUGCUCGACAGAGUUCACAAGCCUCUGUGUCCCUUACCGGGCGACAGCAAUACCUAUACUCUGGGCAACAUUGGCCUUCACAAUAUCGUACUGGCCUGUCUGCCUUUGAACCAUUACGGGACAAACAAUGCCGCAAUAGUUGCUGCUAAUAUGCGUCGAAGUUACCCGUCGAUUGAUAAGAGAUUGAUGGUCGGCAUCGGGGGAGGGCUUCCUACUACGUCUAGAGAUGUCCGGCUCGGGGAUAUUGUUGUCGGUACUGACGUGAUUCAGUUUGACUUCGGCAAGCAAGUGUCCCCUAACAAUUUUAAGAUAACAGCCACCCCUACUCGGCCUCCUCAGCUACUGCUCACAGCUGCAUCGAAUCUUAAGGCUACCCAUGAGGCGAGAGCGUCUCGGGUUCCCUUCCUUCUUUCAGACAUGAUUCAGCGUCACCCCGCAAUGUGUACUUACGCUCGACCUAGCGACCCCGACUAUUUGUUCUAUAGCACGUAUAUACACGGCUCUCAGGGUGGCUGUGAUCAUUGUGACCCUUCUAAAGCAAGAACCCGAGAUCUAAGGGAUAAUGCGGCUCCGCUCAUCCAUUACGGGAAAGUUGGAUCGUCAAAUACGGUCGUGAAAGACAGCAAGACAAGAGACAAGCUAGCCGAGGAACUCGGCAUCAUUUGCGUCGAGAUGGAAGCGGCAGGGCUGAUGGAUGGGUUUCCUUGCCUUGCCAUCCGUGGCAUUUGUGACUAUGCCGAUUCGCACAAAUCCAAAAAUUGGCAACGCUACUCAGCUGCAGCAGCCGCUGCAUAUGCCAAGGAACUUUUAUUGGAGGUUCCUGGAAACCGGAUUUGCAAAUCUCCUAACGGAGAUUAUUUUACCAAUGAUGUGUUUAUGUCUUUAUACGAAUGUCGCAAUGCUCUACUCAAAUCAUUGGAUUUUCAUCAGAUCGAGUCAAGACACACAAAUAUAAAAUCUGCAUACGAAAAGACCUGUCAAUGGCUUCACUACAACUCAAACUACCAUUCUUGGUUGGACCCAAACCAGCUAUCGCAACAUCACGGUUUUCUAUGGAUUAUUGGCAAGCCUGGCGCUGGCAAAUCAACCUUGAUGAAGUUUGCAUACAAUCAUGCCACAGAGUCCUCCAGAAAUCUUGCCGGUAGUGCAAAUGUCGCCUUCUUCUUCAACGCGAGAGGUGAAGUUCUGGAAAAAUCAACUCUUGGCAUGUAUCGAUCCCUACUAUUCCAGACAUUCCAACAUUUUCCAGAACUUGCGCAUGUUCUCGAUAAGUUCACCUCAAAGUUUCAAAGGUGCAGCGGCGUCUUUGAGUGGACCGUUGAGACACUUCAGAUAAUCAUUUCCGAGGUUGUGGGUGAGCUUGACACGCGGAGCUUGACUCUCUUUAUUGAUGCACUUGAUGAAUGCGACGCCGAACAAAUUCGCGAUAUGGUUGAAUAUUUUGAGGAGCUUGGCAGCAAUGCAUUUCGAAAUAGUACGAAGAUACAUAUAUGCUUUUCUAGCCGACCCUACCCUCAUGUAGACAUCCAAAACCGCAUCCGGUUCACGCUGGAUGAACAACCCGAACAUAGCGAGGACCUGGCCAAGUACGUCCGCGGCAAACUACGGGCUGGCAACAGCAAAUUAGCAACAUGGGUAUACGGAGAGAUCCUACGAAAGUCUGCGGGUAUCUUUAUGUGGGUAGUCCUUGCUGUUGACAUCCUCAAUGGCGUCUUUCGUAACGGCCAACUGUUGCAAGUGAAGAGGCGCCUCCAGGAAUUACCACCCAGGCUCGGCGACUUAUUCAAGGACAUUCUUUGCAGAGAUGGAGAAAACAUGGAGGACCUGCUCCUGUGCGUCCAAUGGAUUGCAUUCGCGAAGCGACCUCUAACAUGUGUGGAAUACUACUUCGCGCUCGCCACAUGUCUUCUCCCAGCUGGUACGGCUGUGGAUGAGUGGGACAGCGAGAUUAUCACGCCCGAAGUCAUGAAGCGCUACGUUCUGAGUUCAUCUAAAGGACUUGCUGAAGUCACAACAUAUCGAAAUACCCAGACGGUAAAUUUCAUUCACGAAUCUGUCCGAGACUUCCUGAUCAAGGAUAAUGGGAUUCAAUCGCUAUGGCCACACCUGGCCGAUAACUUCGAGAUCCACAGCCACGAGCGUUUACGGCAAUGUUGUUACGCAUAUCUAGCCCAUGACAAAUUCAUCCCAGGGGAUUUGCCAUCUGCAUCCUCAAUCAAAAUGAAAAGACUCCGUCAACAGGUUUUAGAUAAGUUCCCUUUUCUCGAAUACGCCUCUGAGUAUGUUUUUCAUCAUUCGGAACAUGCCGCAACCUUGGUUCCUCAAACAACUUUUUUGAGAGAAUUCAACAUCCGGUCUUGGGCUGCUCAGUUUAACCUAUUUCCAACGGCGGUGCAUCGCCGCUUGAGCCCUUCCACGAACCUCAUGAGCAUUUUCGCACGGCUGGGCUGCCCAAAACUUGCCAAACUCGUUUUGGCAUGGAACUCUGGACACUCCGUAUUCUGCCUCUCUUCAGAUCGUAGGACAUAUCCUUUAUUUAUUGCGUUUAAAGAGGGCAACAUCGGUGUCGUUAAGGCAUGUCUUGACGAAGAAGCAAAAGUUCCCUUCGAGGAAAUUGUCAGACUUGACAGGGAGUUCAUCUCACGAGGAUAUCACAAUAGCUUUAACACGCCGCUCCAUUGGGCUGCAAGCAUAGGCAAUAUGAAUUUAUUUCGACACAUUUUGGCUCUGGCAGGUCCUGACGGUGGAUCACGGAAUAGGAACUCCCUCGCGCCUCUGUCUAUUGCGGCUAGAGACGGUCGUGGGGAUAUUCUGCAGCUACUUCUUCAACAGCGCAGUGUUGUCAUUGACCAUACAGAUACCUAUGGGCGGACUGCAUUAUGGCAUGCGUGUAGUAAUGGCCAUGAGAACGUGGUCGAGCUCUUACUUGCGACAGGAAAGGCAGGUAUUAACAAGGAAGACUCCCAAGGACGAACCCCCUUAUCGAAGGCUGUUGAAAAUGGACACCUGGCCGUAGUCAACCAGCUACUCGCCACGGGAAAGGCCAGACCGGACACUCGAUGCGAUUAUGGACGCACGCUGCUAUCGUAUGCAGCCAUCAGCGGAGAUAUCAAGAUUCGAUCUGGUGAUAUAUGGGGAGAAACCCCACUCCUCUAUGCUUCUAUCAACGGGCAUGCAGCAAUAGUCUCUUCCUUGCUGGCAACGAAUAAGGUAAACCCCAACCGGAAAGGCAACCUCGAACGCUCUCCACUAUCCCAUGCAGCAAAGGACGGCCAUACUGAGGUUGUACAACUCUUAUCGUCUUUGGGAAAUGUCAAUCCUGACCCCGCGGACUCGAUGGGAAGAACACCGCUGUCGUAUGCUUCUCAAAUGGGACACAUUGGCAUUUUACAGCUAUUGCUUACGAGGCACGAAGUGAACAUCAAUUCAAGAGAUAUCAACGGGAAGACACCAAUGUACUACGCGGUUGUUGGGGGUCAUAAUGACGUUGUUUAUAUGUUAUCCUCGAGAGACGAUAUCGAACCCGACCGUAAGGAUAAUUCACGGACGUCCCCGUUACAACUCGCCGUCUUAAGUUGCAACCGAGACAUUGCAAGAACACUGCUCGAAACAGGCAAGGUAAAUGGCGACGUACGGCACCCACGCACCGGCGAAUCAAUCAUUCCAUAUGCUUCCGUCGUUCUGAGUACCCCCUCUCACUCAACGCCUACAUCAAAAGGAGUGCAAAGGUUGCAAGUCACAGUCUGCUCCGGCCUCCCUGAGAAAUCCCCUUAUUUUUACGGCCGAGGUGAAGAGCUUGCGCGGGUGAGAGAUUGCCUUGAACCAUCUAAACCAGGCCGCAAGGCUGUUCUAAUCUGCGGGAUUGGAGGUUCCGGCAAGACUCAGCUUGUUCUCCAAUAUAUCGAACAACAUAAAACAGACUACACUGCUAUCAUAUGGAUAGACGCAUCAAAUAAAGAGAAUGCUACCCGAUCUCUUGAAGAGGCUUCUACCAUGAUUGCAAAACAAUGGCCAGCGGACCUUCCGCUACAUAGUAAUGGUACUUCUAAUGCCAUCUCCCAUGUACGACCGAGACUCCAACAUAUGCGACAGCGGAAAUGGCUCUUGGUUCUUGAUAGCGUUGAUGACCCGAAUCACCAUCUCGCCGACUAUAUUCCCCCUUGUGAUUUUGGAUCUGUCAUCGUUACCAGCACAGCAUUUCGAAGCUGCUUUGGGUUUAGGCCUGGAAAGCCCAUUGAGGUUGAAGGCCUGGACACGGCCAGUUCGCUGUCCCUCCUAUACAGAACUUCCACACAGACCGGUACAAGCGAAGAAGGCAAGUCGACA